CCUUCCAUUGGCUGCGCGCGCCCGCCGCGGCGCGGGGGUCUCUCUAAUCACAUUCAGCAUGUUUUGCACAAGAAAUGUCAGCCAGAAAGGGCUAUCGGCUCCCUUCGCCAAAUUACCCCACAACAAUGGCAUGCUCGGAGAGCCCGGCUGCAAACUCUUUUUUGGUGGACUCCUUGAUCAGCUCAGCCUCCAGCAGAGGGGAAGGAGGUGGUGGUGGUGGAGGUGGUGGUGGAGGAGGUGGUGGUGGUGGAGGAGUUGGAGGAGGCGGAGGCGGUGGAGUUGGAGGAGGCGGAGGCGGCUACUAUCCCAACAACAGUGGUGUCUACGUGCCACAGACGUCCGAUCUGUCCUAUGGGUUGCAAAGCUACGGACUUUUCCCCGUCCUGGGCAAGCGCCAUGAAGGCCCUCCUCCAAGCAUUGCCCCUUCGCCUCACUCCUACAUGUCAGGGAUGGAAGUCUGGCUAGAGCCCCCGAGGUCCUGCCGCAUGGAAGAGCCCGAGAGCCCGCAGGCGACCUCCUGCUCUUUCGCGCCCAGCAUCAAGGAGGAGAGCUCCUACUGCCUCUAUGACGCCGACAAAGGCCCCAAGGAGGCGGCGGCUACCGACCUGUCGGCUUUCCCCAGGCUGAGCGCGGACUCGGGCUGCUCCAUGAACAACGUGACCGCCGGGGUGCCGGUGCCAGGCUACUUCCGCCUGUCGCAAGCCUAUGGCACCGCCAAGAGCGGCGGCGGCGGCUACCACAGUACCCACCACCCCCACCAGCAGCAUCACCAGCACCCGGGGCAAAUGGUGGCUGCCCAGUUCGCCCCGCAGCCCCCCGUGCGCUUCGAGACGCCUCCUGCCCUGCCGCCCGCCGCCCCGCCGCCCGAAGCCCCGGGGAAAGAGAGCGAGGAGUCCUCCCCGGCCGCCACCCUGGCUUGCGUCUCCCAGAGGGGGGAGGACGAAGGGCCAGCCUCCUCCUCGGCCGCCGAAGAGCUCUCCCCGGCUCCCUCGGAGAGAAGCAAGCCCUCCCCCGAGAAGGAAAGCAGAGGCAGUUCCAAAGGCGAGAGCGCGGCCAACUGGCUCACCGCGAAGAGUGGCCGGAAGAAGCGCUGCCCUUACACCAAGCACCAGACCCUGGAGCUGGAGAAGGAGUUCCUCUUUAACAUGUACCUGACUCGUGAGCGUCGCCUAGAGAUCAGCCGCACGGUCCACCUCACGGACAGACAGGUUAAGAUCUGGUUUCAGAACCGCCGGAUGAAACUGAAGAAAAUGAACAGAGAGAACCGGAUUCGGGAGCUCACAGCCAACUUCAAUUUCUCCUGAUGAACCG